AGGAGGCUGGUACUGCAAGGUACUACCUUGCUAAAAUUGCCAUAGUAGGAAAAAUGGCUUUAUGUUUACGCCACCAGUCUAAGGGGCAAGGUUCUUCUUCAAGUGGAACUCGCAAUAUUGGUCAAAUUCAGUAG